CCAUUUUAUCGUAGCUAGCAGAUACAGACGGGCGUUUCGACGAAGGACAGCAAACGAAUCGAGUAUCAGUGUUUGUUUUACAAUACAUUACGUUUCUCAUUCACGUUUGCGGAGUAUCAAUUUUUGUUUUGAAAAUUGAGGCUUGUUGAAAUGGGAGAUCCAGCCAUGCACCGGGAUUGCCCUCUCGACUGCAAGGUCUACGUGGGAAACCUGGGGAGUAAUGGCAAUAAGACAGAGCUGGAGAGGUCAUUCGGCUAUUAUGGGCCACUUCGUAGUGUCUGGGUAGCUAGGAACCCCCCAGGCUUUGCUUUUGUGGAAUUUGAAGAUCCAAGGGAUGCAACCGACGCAGUGAGAGAACUUGAUGGAAGGACACUAAGUGGUUCCCGUGUGCGAGUGGAGCUGUCCAAUGGUGAGAAACGCACCCGCAACCGGGGUCCUCCUCCCUCAUGGAGCAGACGUCCUCGAGAUGACCAUCGUGGGCGUCGUGGUAGCCCGCCCGCCAGGCGCAGAUCCCCACGUAGGAGGAGCUUCAGCCGCAGCCGAAGCAGGUCUCUCUCCAGAGACAGGAAGAGGGAGAGAUCUCUGUCCCGGGACAGGAACCACAAACCCUCAAGAUCAUUCUCUCGAUCAAGGAGCCGCUCCAGGUCUACGGAGAGAAAGUAAGGAAAUGCAUGGCAGUCGAGUUUGAAGGCGAAGAAGAUGAAUGAACGAACGGUCGCCCCUUUGGCGAGUCGUUUCAUGUGAUGGACUUCAAAACACCCCCUGGUCAACUUUGUUUUUAACAAUCAAAAUAUUUUAGCGGUUUUGUUUUUGCUUCUCUGUGACAUGUAAGGUAUCCAAUUCCUCUGUAUUUUGUAAAUAAGUGGGUAUGCAGGUGUAAUGCAUGACUAAAAUGGCUGUUAGUCCUGUUAAUGCCAAGACAUACAGUAGUUGUCCCCAAGCACCAUUCCAUUUCAUCAAUCAUUAUAAGUGUUCUCUGUAUUUGUCUAUGAAAGUACCAGAUCAUGGAAACACACUGUUCUAAAUAGUCUAGUGCUCAAGUCAUGUUCCCAUGUCAGCAAGAUUUGUGUGUCUGGAUGUGGUGGAAGGCUAUGGUCACCUAUCCUAUCCUAUUCUGUCGGUUAAUAUACCGACAUGUUUUCUAAUUGAUCUCUAGAACUUCCACUAUUCUUCCAGUUCCUGUUGGUAAAGUUUUGGCUUUGCGAAUAAUGGCACCCUUAUUUUGACUACAAUAGCUGACUGUUUUUCUUUUCCUUGAUAUUUGUACUAUUUUAUGUUCUCGGAAUUAAAAACUGGUUGUAAAAAG